AGAAAGAAGAUUACCCACUUGUUGAACAAGAGUUAAGAGUUUAUCUUCGAUAAAAGCAUAUUUCGAUACUAUCUUUCAAUAAAGUCAAAAAGACUGUCCGGGAAUAAGCUAUUUUCGCAAUUAUAGCCUUUUAUUUAUUGUUCAUCUGGCAUUUUUCAGGUAAUUAAUACAAUGGAGAAGGGUGGGAAUCCUCCUCCUUACGGAUGGUCCAACAAUGGGCACUCUUUGCAGCCUCCGCCUGCCGCACCCCCGAGUUACUCACAAGCAGUUGGUGGAGUGGGACCAUCCAGUCCUUACACUCCGCAAUAUCCUGCAACUGCAGGACCUCGAAUAGUAACUACUGUGGUCCCUGUAGGCCCACACCCAACUCAUAUGAUAUGUCCAAGCUGCCAUGCUGAAAUUGAUACAGCUACUGAAACCAAGCCUGGUAUUAUUGCCUACAUAUCUGGAGCCAUUUUAUUUAUGGUGGGAUGUUUUUGUGGCUGUUGCUUCAUCCCCUGCUGCAUUGAUAGUUGCAUGGAUGUACACCAUAAGUGUCCUCACUGCAGUGCUUAUCUUGGACGUUAUAGACGAUAAAUAUUUUACACGUGAUUCCCUCAAUUACGAGCAGAGCACACAAACACAUUUGCUGUAAUGAAACCUAGGGCCUAAUUUUGUAAGUCCUUUCCGCUUCCGCAAUCUCUUUCACAUUUUAGUGGGGUUUAGCAUAGCCAUAACUCAAGUUACCCAAAACCGACAAAGUUCUCCAACUGACUGAGUUUUUUAUCCCUUGAUAUAAGAUUCAGAAUGUUGAUAAGUCAACAGGUUGGAAAAGAGAUAAGUUUGUCAAUUUUGCUGUUUUCUUUAGAUUUUAAUAUGGACUGCGGAUUGAGGUAAAAGUUAGCAAAAUCAGCCCCCUUAUUUUCAAAUGAAGCUAAAAAUAAAAGCCAUCUAAAAUAUGUUUUACGGUAUCAACACUUUGAUCAUUUAACACCA